ACCACCGUCAGGGAAAGACACAUUCCCAGUGACCCUCACUGAGUCGCUGUUGUCCCUCCCAAGAUGAAGCUGCUGCUGCUGUGUCUGGGGCUGACCCUGGCCUGUGCCCACCAUGAAGACAACCAUGAUGUCGUGACAAGCAACUUCGACAUGUCAAAGCUUUCCGGGGAGUGGUAUACCAUUCUCUUGGCCUCGGGCGUGAAGGAAAUGGUAGAAGAGCAAGGUAGCUUCAGAAUAUUUGUGGAUUAUAUCCAGGCUUUGGAUAAUUCCUCUGUGUUACUGAAAUGUCACAAAAUGAUCAACAGAGAGUGUGCUGAACUGACUCUAAUUUUUGAUGAAACAGAAGAGGAAGGUCUAUAUAGUGCUACCUAUCUUGGAUACAACGAGGCUCACAUACUUGAAGCAGUCUACAAUGACUAUGUUAUUUUUUAUUACUUGAAUUACCAUAAUGAUGAAAUAACCCAAGGGAUGGAGCUCCACGCCCGAAACCCAGAUGUGAGUCCACAAAUCAAGAAAAGGUUUGAGGAAAUUUGCGAAAACACUGGAAUUCCAAAGGAAAAUGUGGUGGACGUGAGCAAUGCAGAUCGCUGCCCCAAACAGUGCUGUGGAUAUGGGUGGUUGCAGGUGGAUGAUCACAGAUUGGCCCAGGUACUCAGAGAGACUCCAGGGAAUGGCUUAAGGCCCUUCACAACCUCUCCAAUGCCCUGGGCUCACAUGUAUCUCCAAUGUAUUUGGACGGGUACCUGGGGUGGGUAUUACCUGGAGACUGAAUUCAUGCUCUGAGGACAUCUGUGGGAG